UCCACUUCCAACACAGGAGACGUAACAUACGCAUCAAUUGAUGGGGUGCGCUACGAACAAAUCUUGUCGCAGGACAACUUCUUCAAUUGCAUGCAGAGGCCAUUCACCCUCACAUCAUCUAUAUCAUCCCUGCCUUUCUUGCCAUGGCCCAUUCUAGGUAACUGAUCGUCAGUGGACAGAAUGGGCAGUGCUUUGACCGUGGGCUCUUCGGCCCUGUUUCUGGCCAUUCUCACCUCACUGCCGGCCCUCCGAUCUUGCGCCUCUCACCUUCGUUCCAAGCGAACAAAAAAUGCGUCUGGUUUUGCGGAGCCAUGUUCGUCCUACUGUGAUCAGGAUGGUGAGGCUACGGCUAAGUCGCUUGCUGCCUUCUCGGACAGAUGGAACCGGGUCGUGAUCUUCCUUUUGGCUGUCGCGGGCCUGGCGGUCAGUCUUUCUCUGGCCGUCAUAUCAACAAUACACAACCACCAUGGCUUUGUGAUUGAAAGCUGGUUGUUAUCAGGCAUAUGGAUGCUCCUUUCCUUCCAGGCGGCGGUCGUUUUCCUUGUUUCGUCCCCGAAAACUCGUUUUUCUCUCAUUCAAUCGAUCUCCGGGGCGAGCAUUCUCGCUGGUAUCGUCCCUUGGGUUGAGAUUUCGCUUUCGUAUCCCAGUGGAACUCGACCAUCCCCGAUAUCGAUACGGUUCUAUACGGCUCAGAGUGUCAUUGCCGUGCUCUGCAUUGUCGUUGGCAGCCUACUCCCGCGCCGUCCGGACGUGUACACGGAUGGAAAAGUGGUAGACCAAGAAUCCAGCGUGUCUUUGUUGUCGCGGUACAGCUUCCACUGGGUGGACGGUCUGCUGAAGCGAACAGGCAAGAACAAGGGAAUUGAAGUAGAUGACCUCCCUGCGUUACCGUAUCCGCUGCGAUCCAAAACCCUCUGCGCAAAGUUUGCGUCGAAUCACAAAGCAAAACAGAAGCUUUGGAAGACAAUAAUUCUGACACACAAGGGCCCAGUUGUUCUUCAGCUGGCCCUGACGCUUCUGAAUGCCGUCCUGAGCUUUUGUCCCCAGGUGAUUCUUUACCAGAUCCUCAGCUCUCUGGAAGCAAACUCUGGCGAUACCCGUGGCUGGGGGUCUGCGGUAUGGAUUCUCAUGUUUGGUGGCCAGCUGCUUCUCUCCUCUGCUGUUAAACAAUGGCUGUUUUGGGUCAUCUACUCGCGCAUCGGGAUUCCGGUCUAUGAGGAACUGACGGCCAUUAUCUUUGACAAGGCCAUGCGCCAGAAAGACAUCAGAAAAGCACCCACUAAACGGCCAAGUCCUGGCCAAGGUGAAUCGACAAGCAAGAGCAACCGCAGUGUGAUCAACCUGGCGACGGUGGACGCGCGCCGGAUUGCCGACUUUGCCUCGUUCGGAUACCGGCUGCCAUCGUCUGUAUUGAAGCUCUCCGUCGCCUGUGCUCUUCUCAUCCGGUUGAUUGGGUGGAGGAGUCUAGCGUGCGGCCUGGGUAGCUUCCUGCUGCUGAUGCCGGUCAAUAUGUUCGUCGCCCGACGCUAUUCCCGGGCGCAAAAGAUCUUGAUGUCUCAUCGAGACCAGAAGAUGGCGGUUGUCACUGAGAUCUUGCGCGGUAUUAGACAGGUCAAGCUGUCCGCCAUGGAAGGCGAGUACCAAAGUCGAAUAUUGGCAGCUCGACAGGUUGAGCUGCGAGCAUUAUGGAGGUCCUUUCUCUAUAAUAUCAGCUUGAGUUGUCUCUGGAUCUUUGGCCCCCUGCUGCUGUCGACGGUCUCCCUGGGCGCGUAUUCCAUAUUGCACGGGGAUUUGUCUGCCUCUGUAGCCUUCACAGCCAUGUCCAUCUUUGGAUCUUUGGAGAUGACCUUAUCCAUUCUGCCCGAGAUGAUAUCGAGUGGGCUGGAGGCAAAGAUCAGCUGUGAACGUAUUGAGGCCUACUUGACAACAACGCCCGAACGGCAAGUUGUCGCGCUGCCAGACGAGAAAAUCAGCCUCCAAAAUGCCACGAUAUCUUGGGCCUCGAAUCCAGAACAACCGUCUAAUCAACAACGCUUCGUUCUCCGAAAUCUGAACCUAACCUUUUCCUACAAAGGACUGAGCAUCAUCUCUGGAAAGACGGGAUCAGGCAAAAGUCUUCUACUUGCCUCUCUUCUGGGAGAGUGCGAUCUACUCAGCGGAGCCGUCACGUCCCCGUCACGUCCCCAAAGCCCACCCGGUCAGAGCUGGAUCGUCGAUGGUGCCAUCGCAUACGUGGCGCAGAUCCCGUGGAUAGAGAAUGCGACGGUUAAAGACAACAUCCUGUUUGGCCUUCCCUACAACGCCGCCCGCUAUCAGCAGACCCUGUUCGCAUGUGCCUUGGAAAAAGACCUGGAGAUGCUUGAAGACAAGGACCUGACUGAAAUCGGCGCCGAUGGAGUCAACUUGAGCGGUGGUCAGCGAUGGCGCGUUUCACUAGCCAGGGCGCUGUAUUCCCGGGCAGGCGUUCUUAUUUUGGACGAUAUCUUCAGUGCAUUGGAUACCCACACCGGCGAACAUGUAUAUCGCCAUGCCCUCGUGGGCCCAUUGGGAGCCGGACGUACUCGAAUUUUGGCCACGCAUCAUGCUUCCCUUUGUUUGGGCCACGCUGACUAUUCUGUCGUGCUGGAGAAUGGGGGCGUUGGGUAUGCCGGGCCGGUUGAUAAUGGGGAAAAGCGAGAAGAGAUGCCUUGUCCUGAUGAAUUUGUAGGAUUCGGUCAACAGCCAUCCGGGGCUGUGAGUUCAACACAGACCUCUGUAGAUCAAACAAGUUCUUCACGAAAGGCAUUCACACAGGAAGAGACACGAGGAAAAGGAUCGAUCAAGCUCUCAAUGUGGGCGGCGUAUUUCCGAAUGGGUGGUCGGGUUCCAUGGUGGGUGCUGGUGAUUUCUGGAUAUCUCAGCUAUGUUCUCUUCUACUUUGGCCGGGCUUGGUGGGUUAAUGUGUGGACGAAGUCAACAUCGACACAUCUUGAGCCCGAACGGCAUCUUAACAUCGUCUCCCACAGUAUUGACAACGUCAUGACCGUCAGCCAGGCCGACCAUCCCAUCAGCUUCUACCUGGAAGUAUAUAUUGCCCUGUCGAUCGCUACCUUCAUCUUUGGUGCCACGAAAUAUUACCUUCUACUCUGCGGCACCGUCGAGGCGUCGAAGAAUCUGUUCGACCAGUUGACCUACACCGUUCUUCGCGCGCCACUGCGAUGGCUCGACACGGUGCCAUUGGGUCGCAUUCUCAACCGAUUCACCAUGGAUUUUCAUUUGAUUGACUCUCGGCUCGCUGUCAAUCUCGGCAAUGUCACGGAUGAACUGUUGCAGGUUCUCGGCAUCACAUUGUCAGGCAUCCUCGUUUCGCCCCUUCUCGCUGUCUUCUCGCUCAUCUUGCUGUUGCUGUGUCUACAGAUCUCUUCGACGUAUCUCGCAGGAGCACGAGAAAUCAAGCGACUGGAGAGUGUGGCCAGAAGCCCCAUAUCUGAUCAGUUUGAGACCUGUCUGACUGGGCUAACCACCAUCCGGGCUUUUGGAAGGGUGGGUGCCUACCUCGACCUCAUUCACGUCAAGGUCGAUCGCCAUGCCCGAGCCUGGUCGAACCUGUGGCUUUUCAACCGAUGGCUCGGGUUUCGAAUCUCAGUCGUCGGUGUGGCCUUUUCGACUGCUACCGCCGCUCUGGUGAUGUAUACCCCUGGAGUCACAGCAUCCCUCGCUGGAUUCGCCCUCAGCUUUUCCCUGCAGUACAGCAACGCCAUCUCGAUGAGCCUGAAGCAAUACGCCAAUACAGAGAUGAACAUGAAUUCCACAGAGCGCGCCAUCGAGUAUUCCCGCAUCGAGACAGAAGAUCAAGGAGGACUGCGACCCCCAGCUGCCUGGCCCACAAGCGGACGGCUGGAGAUUGAGGACCUCGCCGUGAGCUACGCAUCCGAUCUCCCACCCGUUCUGGACGGUCUCACUUUUAGUGCUGUGAACGAGAGAGUGGGUGUUGUUGGGCGCACCGGGGCAGGAAAGUCGACUCUCUCCCUGGCGCUCUUCCGGUUCUUAGAAGCAAGACGCGGCAGCAUCCACAUCGACGGGAUUGACAUUUCCAAAAUCAACCUCCACGAUCUACGCAGCCGGCUGGCGAUCAUCCCCCAGGACCCCGUCCUAUUCUCCGGCACGAUCCGUUCGAACCUCGAUCCAUUCAGCCAGCACACCGAUGCCGAAGUCCUCGAUGCCCUGGAGCGAGUCCACUUGAUCAAUAGCGACGAAGCCUGCUUCUCCACAGAUACUGAACCAGGUCACACCCAACCCCCCAAUAUAUUCACCUCGCUCACCUCAACCAUCUCCGAAGGCGGACUCAACCUCUCCCAAGGCCAGAGACAGCUUCUCUGCCUCGCCCGCGCAAUCCUAUCCCAGCCCAAAAUCAUGGUCCUCGACGAGACGACAUCUGCCGUAGACAUGGAUACGGACAAGCUAAUCCAGCGAUCCAUCCGCGAGGAACUCCCGCACGUGUCCACGCUCCUGGUGAUCGCCCAUCGGCUGAGCACCAUUGCCGACUUUGACAAAAUUCUCGUCCUGGACGCCGGCAGAGGGGUCGAGUUUGGGACCCCGCGUGACUUGAUGGAACAAGGGGGAGCGUUUAGGGAGUUGGUGGAGCGAAGCUCGGAGAGAGAUGUGCUACAUGGGAUUAUCUAUCGCGAUGAGUGUGAAUAG